AUGUCAUCUCCCAAGCGCAAGAACGGUGCAGCAAAGCUGCUCAAGGUGGACUUCUCCAAGGAGUUUGAGUCCCGAGGCAUCCCGCUGGAGGACAGCAGUGCUGAACGGGAUGCCAAGGAGCUGCGAAAAGUCGCGUCCUUCUUUGGCAUGGAUGGGCCCGCUGUAAACAGCCUCAUGGCCCAGGUGGAAGCGAGCGAUGUCACUGACAGCUCGGAGGCCGAACCCGAGACGAGCCUUCUGGAAGCCACAGCCACACGAAGUGACAGCGACGUGUGCGACGACGAGGAGGAGCUCGCAGCCGCCGCCGCAGCUGCGGCAGCGCGGCAGAGGUGGCUGCACCGACCAGUGACUCCAAGAGAGCUGCUGAAGGCGAAGCAGCCGCGGCCCAUUAGCAUCAAUGACUUCCCCUCCAUUUUCCAGCGAGACUCGCCUCGCUCUCUUCAGGAGACCCACUACUCUUACUUCAGCCGUCGACUGCCUUCCGAGAAUCCGGAGCAUCGCAAAGCGAUGGCGUGGCAGACAGAGACAACGCGCAAGUGCAUCCGGAAUCGAAAUCGCAUUCGCCGUUGA